CUCUGUUUAAUUUCUUUUAAUAAAGACAGCCAACCACAGCAUCAAACAAAGAGCAAAAACAAUCUUUGUAUUUCCUCUGUUUUUUUUUUUUUUUUCCUGGAACAGUCUGUUCCAGCCACAUGCUGAAGAGGUCGGAGUACACAUGUGUAGCAAACGCAAGGCACCUUUUCAUUCUUCCCUCUCCUCGCAGCGGGCUUCAGUGUUGACAGCUUUUCUGAAAGGGCCACCCGUGUCAAAAUUAUUAGAGAAGCAGUGUCUCGGAUGUGAAGUGGCCCUUCAUUAUGUCAGCCUUUAUCUAACUGCGAGCGAUUGUGUAACACUCUCUCUCUCACCUUCUCCUUUCUCUCUCUUUCUCUCGGCAGCCCAAAUUGAAGUCAUACCAUGCAAAAUCUGUGGAGACAAGUCCUCAGGGAUCCAUUAUGGGGUCAUCACAUGUGAAGGGUGUAAGGGUUUUUUCAGGAGAAGUCAACAGAACAACGCCUCAUACUCAUGCCCUCGGCAGCGCAACUGCCUGAUCGACAGAACCAACCGUAACCGCUGCCAGCACUGCCGUCUGCAAAAGUGUCUCGCUCUGGGCAUGUCACGUGAUGCGGUAAAGUUUGGCCGCAUGUCGAAGAAGCAGCGUGACUCGCUGUAUGCCGAGGUACAGAAGCACCAGCAGAGGCUGCAGGAACAGCGGCAGCAGCAGACGGGCGACGUUUACUCGUCCAGUCUGAGCACUCUUGGGCACGACCUGGGUGGUGCCUACACCAACGGACACGUCAUUGACAUGGCCAAGACGCAUGCCAACGGCGCACCUGCUGCCUACUACAGCAUGGACUCAACUCAGCCGAGCCCAGACCAGUCCGGACUGGACAUGGCGGGCAUGAAGCCCAUCAAACAGGAGCCUGUGUACGACCUGACGCCUGUGCCCGACCUCUUCCCCUACAACUCGUACCAGGACAGCCAGCUAGCACCUGGAAUUUCUAUGGGGGAGCUUGACCGAAUUGCACAGAACAUAAUAAAGUCUCAUCUGGAGACGUGCCAGUACACGGGCGAAGAGCUGCAGCAGCUCUCCUGGCAGACACACUCGUAUGAGGAGGUCAAGAUGUACCAAAGCAAGUCACGAGAGGCGCUGUGGCAACAGUGUGCAAUUCAGAUCACUCACGCCAUUCAGUAUGUGGUGGAGUUCGCCAAACGCAUCGCCGGCUUCAUGGAACUGUGUCAGAACGACCAGAUACUGCUGCUCAAAUCAGGUUGUCUGGAGGUGGUGUUGGUAAGAAUGUGCAGAGCGUUUAACCCUCUCAACAACACGGUUCUGUUCGAGGGCAAAUACGGCAGCAUUCAGAUGUUCAAAGCGCUCGGCUGCGACGAUCUCGUCAGCGCCAUGUUCGACUUUGCCAAGAGUCUGUGCUCUCUGCAGCUGACGGAAGAGGAGAUCGCGUUGUUCUCCGCAGCCGUUCUCAUCUCCACAGAUCGACCUUGGCUAAUGGAACCAAGGAAAGUCCAGAAGCUGCAAGAGAAAAUAUACUUGGCCCUCCAGCACAUAAUGCAGAAGAACCACAUGGACGAGGACGCAUUGACUAAGCUGAUUGGUCGGAUCCCCACGCUAGCGGCACUGUGCACCCUGCACACAGAGGAGCUUCAGGCCUUCCAGCAGUUACACCCUGAAACAGUCAACAUGCUCUUCCCUCCACUUUACAAGGAGCUUUUCAAUCCUGACGCGGCCAGUGUCAUGUCCAAGUGACAAACGCUUUUUUUUUUUUUUUUUUUUUUAAUUUAAUGAAGGGACAGGAGCACAAUGGCAGAACUUCCAGGGGGCUGAGCCACUGAGGCAGAAGAGGCGGAGCUAACUAGGUCACCUCGACAACAUGGCAAUGUUGGCGUACAGCAACCUGAAGCAACAAUAUAAUGACAAAACUUCAGGAAUGUCCAGCACUUCAAGCAUUCGACUUCAGUUUCACCGAUUCAGUCAAAAGAAUGUACAUAUGCGCCUGUUAGUGAGGAUCUGACCAGAAAUGUACAGGCUUUAGAGCAAUCAUUUAAUAAGCUCUCAUUUAAUUCGGUAAGUUGAUUUGACCUUUAUCUACAGAAAUGUGAUAUGAAAAAGGGGGACAAGGGUCACAAGGGUCAGACAAAGAGGAUCACAUAAUUUAGUAACUCCCUAGUUCUGAUAUAUUCCAGUAUUAAACCACAUUCUGUUUAUAUUCUAGUCAUAAUUUAUAAGCGGGAACCCGACAGGCCGGUACUUUGUGUAAAUCUGUUUUUCUUUUCUUUUGUAGUUUUACAUGUACAUAAUUUGAGAGAGACCUGUCAAACUAUACUAGAGACAAUUUCACUUUGGGUACGUUUAAAAAAAAAAAAGCCUUGUCUGGGCCAUGUAGAUAUGUAUAGAUGCUACAAAAAUGUUUAGAAACUACAGAAAUGUAAAUGAUUUUUUCUUUUUUUUCUUUUUUUUUUUAAAGAAAAGAACAGUAAUUGAUUAUUGAUCUUUUUCCAUAAGAAGAUAUAUAGAGAGAUAUAUUUUGCAAAUGCUUAUGGUUGAACAUCACGUCAUCAGUCAGCGCUGCAAUAAUGUCAAUAAGCAGUAAUCAUUCAGUCAAGAUCAGUUUAUGACAGGCCCUUGGUAAUAUCCAGUAAAAAAAGAAGAAAAAAAACUGCAGAUCUGCAUCUGCAGUUUAAAUAAUUUUUAUUUAUGAAGCAGAAAACAGAUAAGCAAAUCACACUAGCUCAUAUGAAGAUCUUCUGAUCAUCAUUGCCACGCGUAAUGCCGCUUUAAGCUUUGUAAAUGUUCCCUUUAAAGACGCAGUACAGUAUUUGCCCAGCAGGAUGUCCAAACUGUGACCUGUGAGCUAUUUAAAAAGUAAAAUAACAGUUGUCCUGCUACUAAAAAGUUCUUAAUUUGAACACUAGGCGUACUGUCAUGGAAAACCUGAUCUCAUUGUAGUAUUUAGCAUUAAUGUCUUUUUGCAAGCAACACUUCUGUAGCUAGAGGAACUGCCUACUAUCACAAGUAAAAGCCAUUUAUCCAACAAAAGGAACAACUAACAUGACCAAAAGGUAGCUAGUAACUUUUUCAAACGAAACUCUUUUUGUCUUGGUAGCAAACACAACGUGUUACAUCCUAAACUUUAUCAGGAGAGGAUAAGGAGUUCUUUUCUCUCAGUAUGUAUUAGCACACUUAACUAACUAACUAGCAAUCAAUAUAAUAUUACAGUACAUUAGCUACCACCAGUCAAUUAGGUUUUCAAUCACUCAAAUCAUGGGACUGGGCAGCACACGGGAGCGUUUACUUGCCCAUUGGGCAAGCUAAUGACGUUAGCAUUUGUCCACCAACUUAUCACUGACAGCUAAGUGAACUUAAUGUGUCAGGCUCCCUAAAAAAAAUGCAGGAAGUUCAAAUGCAAAAUAAAUAUCACCACGUUCAAAAGAAAAUCUGAAGAAUAGUGUCUGUAAAAUCGUUACACAAUUUUAUUCAUACAACUGAUUAAGCUGAGGAUUUCAAUUAAAAUUCAAGAUAAGCCUAGCAGUGACGCAGACCAAUAAAUCGUUUAUUUAUUUGUAUUAUUGUAUUAUAAUUUUACAGAGUAAAAUUUGCCCGUGCUGUUGAGGAAACGCAGCAAUGAGGACACACUAUUAAUUAUUUGUUGUUGUUGUUUUUAAUUAAGGCUAGUAGGCUGUCACAUUUGCAAGCUAAAUGGAAAUAAUGGAUGCCUUUUAAAAGCUCCACAGAUAGUCACUUAACUAGCUUGCUAAAUAUAUAGUAGCUGUCUGUAAAUAAUCAGUUCAAUAACUUGUUAAACUGAUCAUCAGUUGCUAAGUAGAGGAUGGAAAGUAGGCAAUUAUUUCAUUUGCAUCCAAAUCAAAAGUAUUGUCAACAAAGCUCAUGUUAAUUUGGUCAUAAUUAUACUCCUAAAAACAAAAAGGUAAAACAUUCUACACUUUUUAGGGUUUGGGGGGUUGGGGAAUGCCACAAUCUUGACUUGCAACGUUACAAAAAAGUGACUGACCGCUUUGGAAAGCCACAUCAUUCCAGGCAUUUCAAAUGAAACUUAACGCCAUGCUUGUUGAGUCUUUUGUACAUAGAUGUUUCGAACCUCAAAUGAUAUUCUGUAGCCUGGCUGUCUUACAGACGCUCUGCAGUAGCAAUAUUGUAGCUUUGACAAUCAUGUAGCUUUGUAUUAUUCAUUUUUUACAAUUCCAGUACUACAAAACUAAGCAGGUCCGGGUGUCAUCUGUAUACUUGCGUAGUUUACAAUAUUGAUAUUUCUCUCAGGCAAAAGCAAUUUCACGAUAACCCCCUUUAUUCACACGUACCUCUAAGGAUCAAAAGUUUAAAAAAAAAUUUUUUUAAAAAGCAAUCUCACACCACUCGAUGGCGAUUUGAAAUAAAUUUCCCUUCCACAGUUCUAUAGUUUAACC